AUGGCGGGCUCUGCAUUGCUGGGCGGCCACAGCAAGAAGCACAAGGUCACCGUCGUCGGAUCCGGAAACUGGGGAUCGACCAUUUCCAAGAUUGUGGCGGAGAAUGCAAAGCUUCAUAGCAACCUCUUCGAGGAGGAGGUCCAGAUGUGGGUGUACGAGGAGGAGGUGACGAUCCCAUCGACGUCCAAGAACUACGACGCCGCCGCGGGCCACGAUGAGCCCCAGAAGCUCACGUCCAUCAUCAACAACUACCACGAAAACGUAAAGUACCUCCCCGGAGUCACGCUCCCGUCCAACCUCGUCGCCAACCCGUCCCUCGUCGACGCCGUCCGCGACGCCUCCAUCCUCAUCUUCAACCUCCCCCAUCAAUUCAUCGGCAAGGCCUGCGACCAGAUGCGCGGCAACAUCCUGCCGUACGCGCGCGGCAUCAGCUGCAUCAAGGGCGUCAACGUGUCCGACGACGGCGUCAGCCUCUUCAGCGAGUGGAUCGGCGACGGCCUCGACAUCUACGUCGGCGCCCUCAGCGGCGCCAACAUCGCGAGCGAGAUCGCGGCCGAGAAGUGGUCGGAGACGACCAUCGCCUACGACCCGCCCCUCACGGACAGCAGGGCGCCGACGCCGCGGUCCGACAGCCCGCAGCCGGCGCAGCCGACGGUGACGGUGACGGACGUGCCGGCCGUCGUCCACCGCGACGCGCGGGGCCGCGCCUCCAAGACGAAGCUGACGGGCGUGCCGGCCGAGUACCCGCCGCUCGACCACGACAGCUUCCGCACCCUCUUCCACCGACCCUACUUUCACGUCCAGAUGGUCUCGGACGUGGCCGGCGUCUCGCUCGGCGGCGCCCUCAAGAACAUCGUCGCCUUGGCCGCCGGCUUCGUCGACGGCCGCGGCUGGGGCGACAACGCGAAGGCGGCCAUCAUGCGCAUCGGCCUCAUGGAGAUGGUGAGGUUCGGCAAGGAGUUCUUUGGCGAGACGGUCCAGAGCGCGACCUUUACCGAGACGUCGGCCGGCGUCGCCGACCUCAUCACCUCCUGCUCGGGCGGCCGAAACUUUCGCUGCGCCCGCAAGGCGGUCGAGAAGGGCAUCAGCGUCGACGAGGUCGAGAGGCAGGAGCUCAACGGCCAGAAGCUGCAGGGAACGACGACGGCCUACGAGGUCAACAGCUUCCUCAAGGCCCGCGGCCUCGAGAGGGACUACCCGCUCUUCACCGCCGUCAACGACAUCCUCAGGGGCAAGAAGCAGGUCGACGACAUUCCGGAGCUCGUCGCCACUCUGGAUGACUGA